AUGAGAAUAUCUCAUAUUAUUUCAAUAGUUACUCUAUUCGUAGCAAUAUCUGCAACAACUACAACAACAACUUCAACAUCAAUAACAACUACUUCAACUAGUACUUCCACAACUACUACUACCACAUCAACAACGACGAGUGAAACAACAAGUACAUCAAGCACAACUUCCACUACUACGACGGCAACAACCAGUACUACGACCACCACAGAAACAACAAGUACCACAAGUACAACAUCCACUACUACAACAUCAACAACAAGUACUACGAGCACAACGUCAACAACAACUAGUGAAACAACAAGCACUACAACUACAACAGAGACAACUACAACAAGUACAACUUCCACUAGUACAACAUCAACAACAACUACUACUAGUACAACUUCAACAAGUACAACAUCGGCAACAAGUACUACUACUACUACAUCUUCUACUAGUACAACAUCAACAACAUCGAUAACAACUACAACGAGCACAAGCACUUCAAGCAUGUCAACGACAACAACUACUACAAGCACAACUUCAACAACAACUAGUGAAACAACAAGCACUACAAGCUCAACUUCAACAAGUACCACGUCAACCACCAGUACUACAACCACAAUCACUACAAGUACGGUAACGACAGCUAACAUUACCGGUAUAACAGCGACAACUACGACCGAAACAACUAGUACUACAAGUACAAGUACAAGCACGUCAGCGACAACAAGUACUACUAGUACAACUUCGACAACUACAACAUCAACAACAAGCAGUACUAGUACAACUUCCACUGGUACAACAGCAACAACAAGUUCUACAAGUACAACUGCCACUACUACAACAUCGACAACUAGUUCUACAAGCAUAACCUCGACAACUACGUCAGUAACAACUAGCACUACUGCUACAACAUCCACUAGUACUACAUCGACAACAGAUACUACAAGCACAAGUUCAACAAGCACCUCAACUGCAACCAGUACUACUACUACAAGCUCAACAAGCACUUCAAGUACAACUAGUACCACCAGUACAACUUCAACGACUACGACAACAACUACUAGUACCUCCACAAGUAGUACUUCUACUAGUACUAGUAGCACAUCAAGUACAACGACUGCAACAACAAGUACAAGUUCAACGUCAAGUUCUUCCACAAGUACUACAUCAACUAGUAGUUCAACUAGUAGUACUUCAACAUCAACAUCAACGACGUCUACUACUAGUACUACUUCAACUAGCACAACAUCAACAACAACAUCAACGACAACAACAACUUGUUUACCAGUAUGUUUAUAUUGGGAUUGUUGGAUAAAUGUAACUGCAACAUUUCCUUAUGUAUCAGCAACUAUAAAUCCAAAUACAACUACAGCAACAGCAACAACAACACAAUCACCUGAUGAAAUUGAACGAUUAGCAUUAACAAAUUCAAUUCAAGAUCUUCAAAAUGAAAAUUAUCGAUUGAAAGUAGGUUUAGGUGUAGGUUUAGGAGCUGGUGUAUUAACAACAGCUUCAGCGGCUGUUGGUUCCUUUAUUUAUUUUACACGACGUGGAACAUCUAUACCUUUACAAACUGUUUUUUAA